AAAUAAAUUAUAUCUAACGUCUUUUUACUCCCUUUUCAUUGUGAAUUUAACAUUGAACGUACCCUAUCGUCUAUUGUGAAUAACCACAACAAACAGCUGUUUGGCGUGGAAAAAAAUACUUGCGGCUGUUUUGUUUUCAUAACCAAAACAAGAAAAAAUGUAUUGUACAAAUUUAUUAAUAAAAAAUGGAAUAGAAAAAUGUGUGCGUAGCGCAAAUAUAUUACUAAUAACAACAACACGAAAUGGACAUACUAUACGUGGUAAACCUCCAGGCGUAGCAAAAACUCUGGAACAAAGACUGCAAGAAGAAAAUGUGAAAGAUCCUGAAAUAAUUGCACGUAUUAAUAUUGGUUUUCCGCAAUUAAAAGCAGCUCGAUCUGCACAGUUGAAGGAGCGUUUGGCUGUGAUGAAAGCACACCGUAAAAAUAGUGAUUUAGAGAAACAAGCACGUAGUCGACAACUACUAAUUGAUUUGAAACAAGUAGAAGAAGAUUAUAAUAGAGCAAAUGGACAAUUUGAUUUGCGUGUUAUUGCCGAUCAUUACGGUAUCUUUGAACAUUUAUAUGGUUAUGCUUAUUUUAUACCAAGAAUUCCUUUAAAAAUACAGUAUGACAAUAGUAAUGGCAAUUUUAGUCAAGUUUAUAAUGGAAAUAUUAUCAAGCCAGCAGAAGCUGCUCAGGUACCAAUCGUAGAAUUUGAUGCGAAUAUAGAUCCACUUACUGGAAAGAAACCACAAGGAGAUACUUACUGGACGUUAUUGGCAACUAAUCUUGAUGGAAAUUUGAAGGCAAAUGAAUCUGAAUGCUUACAUUGGUUUGUUGCCAAUAUACCAAAUGGUGAUGUGAAAAAAGGUGAAGUUCUUGUAGACUAUCUGGCACCGUUUCCACCUAAAGGAUUGGGUUAUCAACGAUUUGUCUAUGUGCUCUAUAAACAAAACUCAAAAUUGAAUUUUAGUAGCUAUAAAUUAGACAAAGCAGAUUAUUCAAAUUUAGACAAACGUACAUUUAAAACAUUUGACUUCUAUCGUAAAUAUCAAGAUGACAUAACACCUAUUGGUUUAUCAUUUUUCCAAACCGAUUGGGAUGAAUCUUUAACAAAUUUCUAUCAUAAUGUUCUAAAUAUUAAAGAACCAGUAUAUGAAUAUGAUUUUCCUGAUCCUUAUCUAGCUGAUCAAAAAUGGUUUCCUCUGAAGCAAGCAUUUAAUUUAUAUUUGGAUCGACAUCGUGAUAUUAGAGAAGUCAAUAAACAAUAUUUAGAACGGAAGUUAGCAAAAACACAUCCAUUUAAUGGUCCCGAACCAAAGUUGCGUUUCCCCAAUGCACAUUCAAUAAAGGGAAAACCGUCAUGGUUGGUGACAGAAAUUAAGAAACAACGUUUAGGCAUGGGACGUAUUAAUGAUUUCUGAAUGUAUAUGUUGUUGCAACUAAAUUCUUUCUACCAAAAUAUAUAAAUAUGGAAAAAA